AUACCCGCCCCCUCCAUGCCCACCAAUAUAACGAUUUCUCUGCUUUAUAGGGUUUCCGAUUCCACGCUGUCGAUCUCCUCCUGCCUUCGAUCGUCGCCGCUGUUGUAUGAGUCACGAGGGUUGGAACCGAUCCCUGCUUCUGCCUCUUCUCUAGAAUUGUUUGGGUCGAUCGGGGAGCGAUGGGUCGGAAGAAGACGGUCGCCAUCGACGACGACGAGUACUCCUUCCCGGAGGACCUGCAGCAGCAGGAGCAGCAGCCGCUGCCGACGCAGGACACCGGGUCUGAGAUCCGCACCGCUGCCAACUCCAGAAAGGGCAAGAAGGGCGGUAAGAACCAGCGCGACGUAGCCGCCGAUGAUCAGCCGGCGGAGGAUUGGGAGAAGUCAUCGUCUGCUGGCGCCGCGGAACCCUCGAGGGAGGAUGACGAUGAUGCCGUUACCCUCGUCUUCUCUGGUAAGAAGAAAUCCUCUAAAUCUAAGAAGAGUAGCGCCGUUACGAGUGGGUUCGCUUCUCUGAAUGCCUUUGGGGAGGACGCGGAUGACGAGGAGCCCGAUUCAAAAUCGAGAUCGAAGGUGAAAUCUGAAGUUGACGAUCGUGUGGACGAUGAGAUGGACGAAAGCAGGGGUCUCGAUGUGGAAUUGGGCCGUCAGGGCAGCUUGGAGGACGCGGAUUCAAAGAAGCAACAGAAAAAGAAGAAGAAGAAGGGCGGGCGAAUCGCUCAGGAGGAAGACUUCGAUCAGCUCCUGGCCGAGCUGGGGGAAGCCCCGGCGACGGCCCAAACCCUGACUCCGUCUGCUGUGUUGGAUGAGAUGGAUGGAAAUGGGGAUCUUGAUGUGGAAUUAAGCCACCAGGGAAGCUUAGCAGAUCCUGAUUUGAAGAAGCAAAAUAAAAAGAAGAAGAAAAAGAGCGGGCGGACUGCCCAGGAGGAGGACGACUUGGAUAAACUCCUCGCUGAGCUGGGGGAAGCCCCCCCACUGGCUUCAGCUUCAACUUCAUCUCCUCCUACAUUGGCGGAAGAAGAAGUCGAGGGAGAUGAGGUCAAAGAUGCCGACUUGGAAUCAGACAGGCAAGUAAAUGGCGCUGAGGAAGCAGUCUCAAAGAAACAGCAGAAGAAAAAGAAGAAGAAAAGUGGAAGAACUGCACAGGAGGAGGAAGCUUUGGAUAAGAUUCUUGCUGAGCUUGGGGAGGAACAGCUGCCUCCUCCUCCAAGUGCACCUCCACAUCAGUCUGCCCUGGUUGUGCAGGAAUCAGCUUCAGCCCCAGUAGAACAGCCAGAGGCAGAGGAUAGAGAUGGGGAGGCAGAGGGUGAGUCAGCAGCGGCCAAGAAGAAGAAAAAGAAGAAGGAGAAGGAGAAAGAGAAGAAGGCUGCAGCUGCUGCAGCAGCAGCUGUUGUUGAGGUUAAGGAAGAAAAAGUGGAAGUGAAGGGGAAGGUUCCUGACAAGAAGUUGCCCAAGCAUGUUAGGGAGAUGCAGGAGGCACUGGCAAGAAGGAAGGAGGCGGAAGAGAGAAAGAAAAGGGAAGAGGAGGAGAGGCUAAGGAAGGAAGAGGAAGAGAGGAAGCGGUUGGAGGAACUGGAGAGGCUUGCGGAAGAGGCAAAGAGGAGAAAGAAGGAAAAAGAAAAGGAGAAGCUGCUUAAGAAGAAACAGGAGGGCAAACUUCUGACGGCUAAACAAAAGGAUGAACAGAGGAGGUUGGAAGCAAUGAGGAAACAGUUCCUUGCUCAGAGUGAGGUUCCAAUAGGUGAUUCUGGUGUGGUGAUAAAGAAGAGGCCCAAAUAUGAGACAAAGAAGUCUAAACUGACUCAAUCUAAGGUUGUGGAAACAGAGAAGGUCAUGGAGAAUGAGCAUGUGGUUGAUGAACCUCGUACAGAGCAAGCUGUGCAAGAUGUUAUGGUUGAAGAGGAAUCUCUAUCUCAAGUUGGAGAUUCUGAUGACAAAACUGAAGCAGAACAGGAACCAGAAGAGGUCAAAGCUGUGGAUGAGGAUGAAGAUGAUGAAGAAUGGGAUGCAAAGAGCUGGGAUGAUCUUGAUGUGACAUUGCCCGCGACAAAUCCAUUUGCUGAGGAGGAUCAGGACAUCAUGACAAAACCUAAAGGAACUAUUGAACAUGUAGUAUCUUUUCCUGUUGAGUCUCAAACAAAUUCAACAGCACCUGCAAAGCCUGCUGUCAAAAAGGUGGCGGAUCCUCGUACAUCUUCGAAGAAGAAUGAUGCAAAUAACAAAGAGGAUGAACAUGAAAGUGAAUGUGCCACAAAUGUUAAGAGGGGGAAAGAAGCUCUUAUUAAGCAAGAGUCAACUGCUGUGGAGGAUAAAUCAAAAAAGAGUGGUCCUGAUCUCCGCUCACCCAUUUGUUGCAUUCUUGGUCAUGUAGAUACUGGAAAGACCAAGUUGCUAGAUUGUAUUAGACGCACUAAUGUACAGGAAGGUGAAGCUGGUGGUAUCACGCAGCAGAUUGGGGCUACCUAUUUUCCAACUGAAAACAUAAGGGAGAGGACAAGAGAGCUAAAAGCUGAUGCAACACUGAAGGUUCCAGGUUUACUUGUCAUUGACACCCCUGGGCACGAGUCUUUUACUAAUCUACGGUCUAGAGGUUCAAGCCUUUGUGAUAUUGCUAUACUAGUUGUGGACAUCAUGCAUGGACUUGAGCCACAAACUAUUGAAUCUAUCAACCUGUUAAAAAGUCGGAAUGCAGAGUUCAUUGUUGCUUUAAAUAAGGUGGAUAGACUCUAUGGUUGGAAAUCUUGUCCGAAUGCACCAAUAGUGAAGGCACUCAGACAACAAUCUAAUGAUGUGAAGAAUGAAUUUAAUAUGAGGCUUACUCAGAUCAUAACACAGUUUAAAGAGCAGGGCUUGAACACAGCUCUGUACUACAAAAACAAAGAAAUGGGAGAAACAUUUAAUAUUGUUCCCACAAGUGCUAUCAGUGGUGAAGGAAUAGCAGAUCUUCUCUUAUUGUUGGUGCAAUGGGCACAGAAAACUAUGGAAGAAAAGCUUACCUAUGUCGAUGAAGUCCAGUGUACUGUGUUGGAAGUUAAAGUAAUUGAAGGCUUAGGAACAACCAUUGAUGUUGUACUGGUCAAUGGUGCUCUUCAUGAGGGUGACCAAAUAGUUGUUUGCGGCAUGCAGGGGCCCAUCGUGACCAAUAUCAGAGCUUUACUGACUCCCCACCCAAUGAAGGAGCUCCGUGUAAAGGGUUCAUACUUGCAUCAUAAAGAGCUUAAAGCCGCCCAAGGUGUAAAAAUUUCUGCACAGGGCCUUGAGCAUGCCAUUGCUGGCACUUCCCUAUAUGUGGCAAAACCUGAGGAUGAUUUGGAAGAUUUGAAGAAAACCGUAAUGCAGGACGUGGAAAAGGUUAUGAGCCGGAUUGACAAGAGUGGGGAAGGUGUAUAUGUCCAGGCUUCAACCCUUGGGUCAUUGGAAGCACUUACAGAGUUCUUGAGGAGCCCAGCAGUGAGCAUUCCGUUUUGUGAUUUCAGUAUAGGUCCAGUACACAAGAAGGAUGUCAUGAAGGCUAGUGUCAUGCUUGAGAGGAAAAAAGAGUUUGCAACCAUCUUAGCAUUUGAUGUCAAAGUGAUGCCUGAUGCCAGAGAGCUUGCAGAUGAGACUGGUGUUAGAAUCUUCGUUGCAGACAUUAUAUAUCAUCUUUUUGAUCAAUUCAAAGCUUACAUUGACAAUCUAAGGGAGGAGAAGAAGAAGGAAAGUGCUGAAGAGGCAGUUUUCCCCUGCGUUCUAAAGAUUAUGCCAAACUGCAUAUUCAACAAGAAGGACCCAAUUGUAUUGGGUGUGGAUGUUCUUGAAGGCAUUCUUAAGAUUGGUACCCCUAUUUGCAUUCCUUCAAGAGAGUUCAUAGAUAUAGGGAAGAUUGCAUCGAUCGAGAUCAAUCAUAAGCAGGUUGACGUUGCCACUAAGGGGCAAAAGGUGGCUAUAAAGAUAGUUGCCUCCAGUCCUGAAGAACAACAGAAGAUGUACGGCAGGCAUUUCGAUAUUGAUGAUGAGCUUGUCAGUCAUAUCUCAAGGAGGUCAAUCGACAUACUGAAAACAAACUAUAGGGAUGAUCUGUCAAUGGAAGAGUGGCGCCUCGUCGUGAGGCUGAAGUCUAUUUUCAAGAUACCUUGAUUUGUGAAGAGCUGCAGUGUUUUCUGAGUGCCAGAUAUAAUGUAUUUGCGGCUCCAUCGACCGGCAUAGCUUGUGAUGAUCCUAUCUGAUGAAGAAAGAGAAAAAGAAGGAAUUAUGGUGGCAAAGGCAGGAUAUGGUCAAUCAGCUUUGGUUUGAUUUAAAGUGCUUUGAGAUACACAUCGUAUAUGUUUUGUCGAAGGUUUUUGAAUUAUGACAGAGGGUAGGGCUUUUGGUUUUGCUUUACUGCCCCUAAAAUUUCUUUCUCAGUGAUCUGAUGAUGCAAAGACUUGCAGUUUUGCCUUUAUAAUCGAGAGUUUUUGCAUAGGUCAAAACAUUUUGGUUUCCCCCACUGUAUUUAAUACUACUAUUGUAAUAGAGAGGUUACAAGAAAAAUUUGUUUUCCGGA